AAUGCUCUCACUGACAUUAUUUUGCGGGAUGUGGAACAAAACAAACUAACGUAAACACUACGGAGAGAAAUCAAGGACUUCUCCAAAGUUCAGUGUCAGGUGAAGAUGUCUUCAUUGGUGGCCUAUGAUGAUUCAGAGGAUGAGGAUGAGUCCUGCGAUCAGAAGGAGGAAGAACGAUCAGACCCGUCCGGAUUUAAUAGUGUUCGUUUAAAGCCCAGACCUGCAGCUUCAGAAACAGUUUUAGGACAAAGUAGCUCUUCUUUGUUGUAUGUUAACCCAAAGAUGCAGCACUGGGACAGGGAAUACCGUAGUGGAAACGAAGGGAAACAUUUUAAAGACAGAUCUGCUUGUCUCACUUUCUCAAAAAGUGAUGGUUCAAAUCCCGCUAAAAGGCGGCCAUCUUCCCUCCCUGGUGUCAGACCGUACAUCCCAAAGAGACAGAGACAAUCAGAGGAAACAAAACGCCCUGAGAAUCACCCACAACAAAGUUUAGAGAAUCCAACCAGAAAAGGUCCAGUUCUCUCAGAUGUUUCACCGAAAGUGAAGCCUUACCUUAGUGAAAAACUCAAAUCAUCCGGGACGCCCAGGAAGCUUUUGAUGAGCCUGGAAGGCCACCAGGGGGCAGUCAACACGGCGCAGUGGUGCCCCGUGCCUCACAUUAGCCACCUGCUGCUGUCCGCCUCCAUGGACAAGACCUUUAAGGUGUGGGAUGGAGCAGAAAGUGGACGAUGCCUCAGGCUUUACACCUGCCACUCGGGAGCCGUGCGUGACGCCUGCUGGACCCCCUGUGGGCGACAGCUCCUCACCGGCUCAUUCGACAACACGGCUGUGAUCACUGAUGUGGAGACAGGGCAGCUGACAGUGAAAGUGGACAACCAGUUUAAGGUGACGUGUGUGGUUCUUCACCCCGGCAGCUCGGACGUCUUCCUGUGUGGAGGUCACAGCCCGGCGGUGAAAGCCUGGGACUCCCGCUGCUGCAAGGUGGUUAAAACCUACAAAGCGGCCGUCCAGCAGACCCUGGACAUCCUGUUUCUUCGCAGUGGGAUGGAUUUCAUAACGAGCUCUGACUGCGUCAGCCGGGACUCCGCCGACCGGACGCUGAUCGCCUGGGAUUACCGCAGCACAGCCAACAUCUCUAACCAGAUCUACCACGAGCGAUACACGUGUCCAAGCUUGGCUCUCCACCCGGUGGAGGAGACGUUUGUGGCCCAAACCAACGGGAACUACGUGGCGCUGUUCUCCUCACAGACGCCCUUCAAAAUGAACAAGAAGCGACGAUUCGAUGGACAUAAGGUGGAGGGUUAUGCCGUCCGCUGUGGCUUUUCCCUGGAUGGAGCCAUCUUGGCCUCGGGGAGCUCCACCGGUUCGGCCCACUUCUACGAAUAUCAAAGCACUCGCGCUUUGCACGCCAUCCAGGCGCACAGUCAGCCAUGCAUCUGCGUUUCACCGCAUCCUGUGCUUCCUGCGACGGCGGCCACUUGUGACUGGGCAGGUGAAAUCAAGAUCUGGCACUGAACUGGAAAAAUACCCACAGAUUCCCUCUAAAAUGUGUGCAAAGACAAAAAAACACAGCGUCGUAUUUAGGCCGAUAGAAGGAGGAGUAAAUUUACGUCAAAAACCUCAGAAAUUGUAAGAUUAAUCUAAGAAAUUUUCUGGAAAAAACAAGGACAUUUCUGAGCUCCAAAAGUCAAAAAUUUGAGAGAAACAAACCUCAGAAAUUUUAGGAUUAAUAUCAGAAUGAAACUGGGAAAUUUCUGAGUUUGAAAACAUGAAAAUCUGCUAAAACAAAAAAAAAAAACUGAGAUGCAUUAGAUUAAGUUUCAUAUUAAUCUACUACAUUUUCCAGAAAAAAAAACAUGGACAUUUCUGAGCUCCGAAAGUCAAAAAUAUGUGAGAAAAAACCCUGAGAUUUUGAGAUUAAUCUAAGAAAUUAUUUAGAAAAAAAUAAUUUCUAAGUUUAAAAAGUAAAAAAAAAUGCUAAAAAGAUUUUAAAAAGUGUUUCAAAAUAAUUUGGUUUAUUUGGACAUAUUUGGCUUUUGAAAUUUAAAUAUGUCCAAGUUUUUCUAGAAACUUUUUGAUGUCAUGUAAAAAAAUUUUCAGCUUUUUGGCAUAAAUUUACUCCUUUUUUUUAUCUUUUUCUGGCCAUGAUGGCACGAAUACGCCAUCAUACAGAAAGAUUGUUGGCGUAUUUAAGUUACUGUGGAUUACUACCUCCUAAAAUAAUUUGUAUGUUGUAAAAUGGAUGCAGACCAUUGGUCGAACUGAACCUCAUGCAUUUUCUGUGUUUUUUGUAAAAUAAAAUAUAAAGAGAAAUGUUUUCCUCAUUAAUCUUAUUAUUUUCAUCUGACAUUCUCCUUUCACACUGUAAACUUCAUUUAAUGUUUUUUUGGGGGGAAAUUAACUUUUUCUUGUAAAGGAAAUCUACAUUAAAGAAUAAAUUAUGUGAAAUAAUGA